AUGGAAAAUAGGGCAAAGAGGAUAUGGAAACGCGCGCAUCAUUUUGUGUCUGGUCCGCGCUACUUCGGAGUUUCGCUCCGCCAACCAAAUGAGAGCGAAGUACAACUUGUUACGAUUCACGCACCAAAACCCUACUCAGAUGCGGACCAGGUCGAGAGUGCAGUAUCGCAGGGCCAAGAGCCUCACUGGAUCAAAGGUGUCUAUCUUUGUGCCCGACUAGGGGCAUUCGUGUUAUUCAUCAACGUGAUCUCCAUUUGUGUAGCAGCUGGAAUAUCCAAGCGGUAUGAUGGUGACGGUGUUUGGAUGAAUGGCUCUAAGGUCGUCUUCCAAGGGGGUUGUUCCUCCGUCAAGAGUUGGGAUACCGCACUGCAUUUGAUCAUUAAUGCUUUGAGUACGAGUAUCCUGGCCGCUAGCAACUACUGCAUGCAAUCCCUUGUCGCUCCGACUCGAGAAGAGGUCGAUGCGAGUCAUGCGAAGGGUGAAUGGCUGGAUAUUGGUACAGCGAGCGUUAGAAAUUUGUACAAAAUCGGUCGACUUCGAGUGGUAUUGUGGAUUAUCUUGCUGAUCACGGCUACGCCGUUUCACGUUUUAUAUAAUUCCAUGAUCUUCGAGUCCACUGGCACAAAUGAGUUUGUGGUUCUCGUGGGACCACACGAUCUUACAGCUGAUAAUGUUAUGAAUUUGACAACUCGUGUUCUAAAUCAGUGUUUCAAAUACGCUGCUGAGAUAGACGAUUCUGGAGUCUAUGUCUGGAGCCAAUUUUCCUCAGAGGUCGCAGCGGGGAACUUUACUCGACUCAGCUUGGCUCAAUGCAAGGAAAUCACCGAUGACUCAAACGCAGCGGGAACAACAGCACUUAUGGUUCUUGUCGAAGAGUUGUCAGUGAAAGAUGGAGGUACCCAGGCAGUUCAAUUCAGUGCAUCGGGCGGCAAACCUGAAACGGCCCUCGAUACUCUUUUCUGGGAAAAUUCGACAAGCCCCGGGGUAGCAAAAGUGGACGCCACUACCUUAUAUUCCAACCUCACAUAUGAUACUGCUGGGGAUAUUCAGAACUUCACUUGUUUUGAUAACGCCUACGACUCGAUCUAUCACGGAUAUACCGCAAAGGAUUGCAUACAAAUCUCUGCAGAGGAAAAAUGCCAACUGCUCUACAGCCCCGCGAUUUGCAUCGUUGUUUCUCUCUGUGCGCUGGCAAAGGUGAUUGCGAUGUUCUUCGCUGCUCGGGUUGGUCGAUCUCGAUCGGUGCCUCUUCUUACUUUAGGCGAUGCAGUGGCAUCGUUUGUGACGAGGCCGGACCCUACCACAGAAGGAAUGUGCUGGCUUUCCAGGAGGGAUGUGUCCCGCGGUUUAUGGGGGAGAAAGAAGCCGAAAAGGUGGACUUUCCCCAGACUUUGGGAAAUUAAAGACUUUCGGCGAGACGAGUUCCGCGACAUCGUGACACAGAACAAACUUGCAGACCGCAAGUGGUACUUCCAAGUACCAAGCAAAAAGCGAUGGGCCGGUACCCUUUUUCUAUGUUUUUUCUGUCUCACAAUAUCAGGACUGCUGAUGGAAUUGGCGGUUUGGAGCUCUGGUGGCCGCGUCCUCUCAGUAAAUAUUCUUAGUGAAUGGUGGAGCGAGGGGCUCGGUUCAAGCAACUACAACCUCUUGAACUUGGACAUAGACUCUAUGCUCGGCUCAGUAGUUGUAGCCAACACACCUCAAAUGAUGCUCACAGUGUGCUAUUACUGUUUCAACAACCUCGUCACCGACAUGCUGGCAGCAGCAGAGUACAGCUCUUAUGGCACCACUCGCAAACCGCUCAGAGUUUCCCGCCCUGUGAAAGGCAGCAAGCAAAUGUCAACCUACUGGCUAAGCAUACCUUACCAGUAUAGCGUGCCCAUGAUCUUUCUGCACAUGCUGCUGCACUGGUUGGUCUCGCAAAGUCUUUUCUAUGUCCUGGUGGUUCCAUACGGUAUUGGAGGUUAUUCAGACGUCGGUUUUGAAGUCAGUUCUCUUGGCUACUCAGCCAUGCCCAUCUUUUUGGCAAUUCUUGUCGCGUCCUUGUUGGUGUUUCUCAUGAUCUUGCUGGGCUUCAAACGGCUCAAGUCUAAUAUGCCUCUGGCUGGGGCUUGUAGCGCCGCAAUUAGUGCUGCGUGUCAUCUGCCUAAUGGUGAGAAUAUAGAGACGGCAGCUCUGGGUCCGGUUAGAUGGGGGCAGACGAUGGAACCGCCGAAUUGGGUGAUGUGUAAUCUAGAGGACACGGUCGAGAAUGAUGAAGGUCAUUGUAGCUUCACUGGGCUGGACACGGUGAAUCCAACUUUGACCAAAUUGUAUAGUUAA